AUGGAAAUAAUAAAUGAGAUCCCCGCAAAGAAAACAAAGAGACUGACUUCUGUUGUCUGGAAUCACUUCGAAAGAGUCAGAAAGGCAGAUGCACAGUAUGCUGUUUGUGUCCAUUGCAAAAAGAAACUAAGUGGGUCCAGUAAUAGUGGUACAACGCAUUUAAGGAAUCAUUUGUUGAGAUGUCUGAAGAGAUCGAACUAUGAUGUUUCUCAAAUACUUUCUGCCAAGAGAAAGAGAAAAGAAACCAGUCAGAGUCCUCUUCAUCAAAGUAAUCUUGGCCUUACAAGCAUCACCUAUGAGGAAGGGAAAAUAAAAGAUGAAAUCCUCAGUCCCAUACCUAUUAGGUUUGAACCAGAGCAAAAGAAAGAUGAAAUUGCCCAAUCUAUCAAUCUUGGAAGUAUCAAGUUCGAUCAAGAUCGCUGUAGGUUGGAUCUUGCUCGCAUGAUUAUGCGACAUGGUUAUCCGUUGGCCAUGGUCGACCAUGUUGGGUUCAAAAUAUUCGUCAAUAAUUUGCAGCCCAUGUUUGAGGUUAACAAUAAUGGCUCAAUUGAACUUGACUGCUUGACUAUCUAUGGGAAGGAGAGACAAAAGGUAUACGAGGCCAUUUACCAUUUCCAUGGUAGAAUCAGUCUUGCUGUUGACAUGUGGGGCUCACCUGAGGGCUCUGAGUAUAUUGGCCUAACUGCUUACUACAUCGAUGAGGACUGGAAGCUACAGAAGAAAGUGUUAAAUUUCAUUUCAUUGGAUCCAUCUAGCACUGAUGACAUAAUCUCAGAAGCUAUUAUCAAGAGCACAACAGACUGGGCCAUUGAUGGCAAGUUGUUUUCCAUGACAUUCGAUGACUCUUCUGCCUAUGAAGUCAUGGUGUUCAAGAUUAAAGAUUGGCUGUCCCAGAAUAGACCUCUUUUAAAGAGCGGCGAGUUAUUUGACAUGCGGUGCAUUUUGCAUCUCUUGAAAUCCAUUGUUCAAGAAGUCAUGGAAUUGUGUCGGGAAGUGACUCUUAAAAUUCGCGAGAGCAUAAGGCAUGUUAAGAGCACACAAAAACUACUCUCGAAAUUCAACGAAUUUGCCGAGCAAGCAGGAAUUGGGAGUGGUAGACGUCUGGUUCUCGACCAUCCAAUGCACUGGAACUCGACCUACUUGAUGCUUGAAUCAGCAAUUGAGUACAAGGCCGCCUUUCUCCUUAUGCAGGAGCACGACCCGUCCUACUCGAAGGCUUUAUCCGAGAGCGAGUGGGAACAGGCGAGUGCUAUUGCUGCCUAUGUGAAAUUUCUUCUCGAGUUCACUAAUAUCGUAAUAGGAAACAAUAAUCCGACUGCCAACAUAUUCUUUUCAGAGAUCUGCGACAUGCACAUCCAGUUGAAUGAGUGGUGCAAGAGCCCUGACGAGUUUCUUAGUUCGGUGGCCUUGAGAAUGAAAAUCAAGUUCGAUGUAUAUUGGAACAAGUGCAGUUUGGUACUAGCUAUAGCGGCAAUUUUAGACCCUCGUUUUAAGUUGAAGUUAGUAGAGUACUAUUUUAGGCAAAUUUAUGGUGCUGCUGCCCCCAAUCGUAUCCAAGAAGUGUCUGAUGGUCUCAGGGAACUAUUUAAUGAGUAUUCCAUGGGUUCAUCCUUGUUAGACCAAGACCCCCAUAGCAGUUUACCUAGUAGCAGCAAUGUAAUAAGAGAUAAACUCAAGGGCUUCGACAAAUUCCUAUAUGAGACUUCCCAAAAUCAGAGCAUGUCAUCAGAUCUGGACAAGUAUUUGGAGGAGCCCGUCUUUCCCCGUAAUUACGAUUUCAGCAUAUUAAAUUGGUGGAAAGUCCACAUGCCAAGGUAUCCAAUAUUGUCCAUGAUGGCACGUGAUCUUCUUGCGAUUCCCGUGUCUACUCUUGGACCAGAUCUAGCAUUCAGCAACAGUGGUAGAUUGCUCGAUAAGUAUCGCGCGUCAUUAAGUCCAGAGACUAGAGAAGCUUUGAUAUGUGGGCAAGAUUGGCUGCAAAUUGAACCAAAAGCAACCACCCUAACACUGAGCAAUCUUCCGUUGCCCCUAUCUGUGGACACAAACCGAUAUUUUUUCCCCCCACAUCCCCUUAAUCAAAACCCCACACUCUUCGUCCCUUCUUCCUUCGCCCUCCCACCGGUUGAGUUCUGCCGCUUCGCGGUACCGUACGACACCAGGGCUGGCGACAUGAGGUUCCCGGGCCUUCGGAGCUUCCCCUGGUUCUUGGGCGGUCGGGAACUGUUGGUGCUAUCGUUGUCUUGCUGGCCCUCUUGUUGUGGCCGAUAUCGAUCACCGUCUUGA